AUGGACCACUCUCCACAGCAACAUUGGGGUCGGCCUCAAGCUGGUCGACCUCAAGCUGGUCGACCUCAAGCUCCUCGACCACGGUUCAACAGCCUUGGCCUACGUCGCAGCGCUGCCCCGACCACGAGGGUCGCUCCUACUGCCAAGUCAUCCGACAACCGUCUCUCUCCUUUGGACACAUUUCGAGCAAUGAUCGAGGAGUCGGGGCCCAACGUCGAUAUGUACGCUCUGUGCGAUAGAUGCGGACGAGUCCUCAAAGUUCCGGUUUGCCCUGGUAAUGAAAAUGGCACCUGCCUCACCAAGCGCACUCACGACGAUAUAAAGACCUGGGGAGAACUCAAGGCGUUGCCGGAAACAUCACCUGAAGUAGACCAGGAAUGGCUUCAACUUGACCUUCCGUCAGCUGUGGGAUACCUGGCGGCCCCAGACUGGCAAGAGAAACUCCAAUCCGCAGUGAUCAAUGCUUCCAGAAACGAUCCCCCGGAGUCCAGGUUGAGCAAAUCCUGGGUCAAUUACAUCUACUGGCGAUGUGCCUGGCUUUUCUUCUCUCUGCGCAAAGGGGGCCUGCGGCACGAGAACGCCAAACUUGAGAGAAUGUGGGGUCAGGUCGAUGUGGAUAUAUUGCUCUUGGGAUACGGCGUGCUCGAAAAGGCAGAUCUGGAGGCCCUAUACUGUACAAGUUAUUCAACUCUCGCAGGCUUGGUAUCUUGUAAGUGGCUAUACGGGUCGGCCCUGCUCAACAUGUUCUUUGGGAUCAGGCGCGAUAUCGGUAAAGAUCAGUUCAAUCAGCUCAAGAGGGCCGUCCAGCGAGCUGAUACGGCCAUGGGGAAGUACCUCUUGGCCUGCGUCAACAUGGACGCUGUGGAGUGGAACGCCCGACGGCGCGCUGCUUUCACUGCGUAUCGGCACGUCGAGGAGCACUUGCACCAUUACGCGAGUACUUCGCAACUGAGAGAAUUCCUCAAAUUACGGCAGUCGCCACCUCCGCCUUCGGCCGAGUUAUUGGAGGAAUCCUUGGCUGAGAAGGAGGCACAAGAGCGGACUAUGCUUAUUAGGGCUUCGAGACACGUUGAGCUCGACAAGAGCGGCAACAAACCUGAUUGGGUUCGGAAUCGAGCCCAGCUGGCCAGGUCGGUCCCCAAUCGAUGGCCCAGGUGGGAGUCUGCCGGGAUUGGCAGGCUUCAUGCUCGUUAG